CACAGGAAAACGUCCACUUUGCUUCUCUUCUUCCACGUUUAGCACAAUUACACCAUAAUCCCACAUUUUUCUUUCAGGCUCGGCAAUCCCCUAUCUUCUUGCUGAAAUAUCAGAGAUAAUAGUAGCACUCUUCUUGUCUUCAUGGGAGACGAUGGCUUCGAGAAAAUCUUUAGCUACUUCAUCUUCCGUAUAUUCUCAUUCUUGAAAAUUUGGAUAAGAUAAAAUGCAGUUUAGUGGGAACUAGCUAGCAGGUUUUCUGGAUAUAUGUAUUCUUUGAGGUAUGGCUUGUUUUUCUGUUACUUGUAGUGCUGGCUUAUCUGUUAGCCACGACAAUUUUGGAGUUAGUAUGGCGGGAUCAAGAUAUUUUGGGUCUCGUGGUGUUUUCUGCACUCGCUCGUUUCAUUUUCCUUCUGUGAGGUUUAAUCAUUGCUUCGAAUUUCAACAUGGGUUGUUCUGCAAUCAUAAACUUGACUAUUCUGACCAAAACUUGUCGAGGUUUCCAUAUGGUUCUAAUUCUCGUUCUCAACAUGAUCUUGUCCGUAACAAUGGAAUUGAACCUCUGAUGAAUGGAAGUAGAGAAGAUAGAAAGACUCACUAUGGUAAAGGGGAAGGCAAUAGCUUUAGAAAGAGAUUUUCUUUGAGAUUACGGCCAAGGUUACGGUUACUAGCGACAAGAAUUAAAAGGUUUCCGAUUAAAUCCUUUUUGAAUGAGGUGGGAAUCUUUAUACGGAAGAAUAUUAGAGCAGUGGCAUUUUCUACCUCAGUUUCCAUUGUAUUGGGCCUUUGUUACCUGUUUCUGAAAUUGACGGCAUUGCCCUCUCCAACAAUAGUUCCAUAUUCAGAUUUAAUUACGAACCUUCAAAAUGGAUCUGUUACUAGAGUUUUACUUGAAGAGGGAUCUCGACGGAUAUAUUAUAAUAUGGACUCUCAGAAUGUUAAAGACAAGCAAAUUACUGAUAAAGAUUCGCAAGAAAUGAAUGUUUCAGUUGAUCAAGAUGUGAAUAAGAUUGCAAGUGAUGACACUUCAAAAACUGGCCCAACGAAGCUAGUGAAUGUACUAGGUAAGUUUUCAAGGACCCGAACUUCUGUUGCUGAGUGGCAGUAUUCCACAAGAAAGAUUGAUCAUGACGGAAAAUUUCUUGUUAGUUUAAUGAGAGAAAGGGGGGUUACAUAUAGCUCAGCCCCUCAGUCAAUGUUAAUGUCAAUGAGGACUACUUUGGUAACAGUGUUAACUUUGUGGAUACCUCUGAUUCCAUUGAUGUGGCUUCUAUAUCGUCAACUUUCUGCUGCUAAUAGCCCUGCAAAGAAGCAAAAAGCUCAUACCCAAAAUGUUGGAUUUGAUGAUGUGGAAGGUGUUGAUGCCGCGAAAGUAGAGCUCAUGGAGAUAGUUUCAUGUAUGCAAGGAGAUAUUCAGUACCAAAAGCUAGGAGCCAAGUUGCCAAGAGGUGUAUUACUGGUAGGUCCUCCUGGAACUGGGAAAACAUUACUUGCACGUGCAGUUGCUGGAGAAGCUGGUGUACCGUUUUUCACUGUAUCAGCCAGUGAAUUUGUCGAAUUGUUUGUGGGAAGAGGAGCAGCAAGAAUUAGAGACCUUUUCAAAGCAGCAAGGAAAUUUGCACCAUCAAUUAUAUUUAUUGAUGAAUUAGAUGCUGUUGGAGGCAGACGUGGGAGAAGUUUCAAUGAUGAGCGUGACCAAACAUUAAAUCAGUUGCUGACAGAAAUGGAUGGAUUUGAGUCAGAGAUGAGAGUAGUUGUUAUUGCAGCAACAAAUAGGCCAGAAGCAUUGGAUCCGGCUCUAUGCCGUCCUGGUCGUUUCUCAAGGAAAGUGUUCGUAGGAGAACCCAAUGAAGAAGGAAGGAGAAGGAUACUGGCUGUACAUCUAAGAGGAGUUCCUCUGGAGGAAGAAACCAGCAUUAUAUGUCAUUUAGUUGCUUCUCUCACCCCUGGUUUUGUAGGUGCUGACUUGGCAAACAUUGUCAAUGAAGCUGCUUUGCUUGCUGCUCGUAGAGGCGGUGAAACUGUGACUAGAGAAGAUAUAAUGGAAGCUGUUGAAAGAGCAAAGUUUGGAAUCAAUGAAAAGAAGUUGAGUCCUAAUGCAAUAAGCAAGGAGCUAGGGAAGAUGUUCCCUUGGAUGCCAUCAUUGAUGGGUAGAAGUGAUAGAACACAGAAUGAUUCACAAGGACCCUUUGGCUAUCAAGCAUUGAGCUCAUGAAUGCGUUUGCACGGAUGUUUACAUCCAUUUUACUUCUCGAGGAUUUGUUUCCUUGCUUGUUAGUAAUAACAAAUUUUGAUCACUUGUUAGAUAUCUUAAUCCCAUUGGUGGUUAGGCAACCACUGUAUUCUUUUGCAGAACUGUCAAAUUUGUUUUAAUAUGAGAAGGGGCUUAAUCCUCAGUAAAA